CAGCUCCUCAGUACCUUCCUCUACCCUCAGCAUAACAUGAGCUCCCAUCUCUCCGAGCGGACGCGUAACGAUACAGAUGGUUUCUUUACGGUAUCCCGCUUUAUGCUGACCGAGACUGCUGUUGUUUAGGAAAGAAAAAAAAACUCCCUCCCCUGUUGCCGGUUUUGUGUUUUCUUGGAUGCGCCAUGCAAUCUCGCCAGUGGAGUUGUGGUGUUCGGCUGGUGGCAUGGACGUGGGUUUGGAGUCUGGCAUUGCUCGGAGCGUGGUGUAUCCCCGCAAAUGAAGUGAACCUGCUGGAUUCUCGCUCUGUGAUGGGAGACCUAGGAUGGGUGGCCUACCCUAAGAAUGGGUGGGAGGAGAUUGGUGAAGUAGACGAGGACUACGCCCCCAUCCACACCUACCAAGUGUGCCGGGUCAUGGAGCAGAACCAGAACAACUGGCUCCACACCAACUGGAUCCUGACCGAGGGCGCCCAGCGGGUCUUCAUAGAGCUCAAGUUCACCCUGAGAGACUGCAACAGCCUGCCUGGUGGGGUCGGGACCUGCAAAGAGACGUUUAACAUGUAUUACUACGAAACGGAUGGGGACGAGGAGGAAAUGGAGGAUGGAGAGAUGAGAGAUGGAACGGGGAUGACGGAGGAGGAAGACAGGGUGAUGAAGGAGAGCAGAUACAUCAAAAUUGACACCAUAGCAGCUGACGAGAGCUUCACAGAGCUGGACCUGGGGGACCGCGUGAUGAAGCUCAACACUGAAGUCCGUGAUUUAGGUCCUUUGACCCGAAAAGGCUUCUACCUGGCGUUUCAGGAUUUGGGGGCGUGCAUCGCUUUAGUCUCGGUGCGAGUUUUUUACAAACGCUGCCCGUUUCUGGUGAAGAGUCUGGCUGAGUUCCCCGACACCAUCCCAGGCUCAGAGGCCUCGCAGCUGGUGGAGGUGGUGGGCCGCUGCGUUAAUAACUCCCUGCCUCUGUAUGAACCUCCCAGGAUGCAUUGCAGCACGGAGGGAGAAUGGCUGGUGCCUAUCGGGAAAUGUGUUUGCCAGCCAGGGUUUGAGGAAAUCAACGGAUCAUGUCAAGUCUGCAGAGUGGGGUUUUAUCGCUCGUUGCUGGAGUCUCUGGCCUGCAGUAAAUGUCCACCUCACAGUGUGGCCAGGCAGACAGGAGCCACUGCUUGCAGCUGCGAGGAUGGAUACUAUAAGAUUGACUCUGACCCUCCCAAUAUGGCCUGCACACGCCCUCCCUCUGCUCCGCGCAAUGCCAUCUCCAAUGUCAACGAGACCAGCGUCUUCUUGGAGUGGUCUGUCCCCAUGGAGACAGGGGGCAGGAAGGACGUGCGUUACAACAUCCUGUGCCGACAGGUCUUGCCAGAUGGAAGGGGCCUGGAGGAAUGUGGCCCCAACGUACGUUUUCUGCCACGCCGUGUCAGCCUGUCAAACACCUCGGUGAUGGUGGCCGACCUGCAGUCACACACCAACUACAGCUUCCUGUUAGAGGCUGUCAAUGGGGUGUCAGAGCUGGCCAAGGACCACGCGAAGCAGUACGUGUCACUUAAUGUGACAACCAAUCAGGCAGCACCGUCCCCAGUGAGUGUGGUGAGGAAAGGUCAUACUGGGAAGAGCAGCAUUGCCCUUUCGUGGGCAGAGCCCGAUCGUCCUAAUGGUAUCAUCCUGGAGUACGAGAUCAAGUAUUUUGAAAAGGAACAGGACUCCAGUUACACUAUAAUAAAAUCCAAGGAGACUGAGAUGGUGGUGGAAGGCCUGAAGCCCUCUUCAGUCUACAUCUUCCAGGUGCGAGCAAGGACCUCAGCAGGCUAUGGCGCAUUUAGCCGGCGUUUUGAAUUCCAGACCAGCCCUUACUUAACUGCUACCAGUGAGCGUGCUCAGGCUUUGAUAGUAGCAGUGGCCAUCACGUUGGCUCUGGUCCUCCUGGCAGUGGUGGCUGGAUUCCUGCUUAGCGGACGGCGGUGUGGCUACAGCAAAGCAAAACAGGAUCCUGAGGAGGAGAAGAUGCACUUCCACAAUGGUCACAUUAAGUUCCCAGGGGUGCGUACCUACAUUGACCCCCUCACCUAUGAAGAUCCUAACCAGGCUGUACAUGAAUUUGCCCAGGAGAUUGACGUCUCAUUCAUCUCCAUAGAGAGGAUCAUCGGAGCCGGGGAGUUUGGAGAGGUGUGCAGUGGACCACUGAGACUGCCUGGGAAAAGAGAGAUCCAGGUUGCCAUUAAGACCUUGAAAGCAGGCUACACAGAGCAGCAGAGACGUGACUUCCUUUGGGAAGCGUCAAUCAUGGGCCAGUUUAACCAUCCGAACAUCAUCCGUCUGGAGGGCGUGGUCACCAAGAGUAAGCCAGUGAUGAUAAUCACUGAAUACAUGGAGAAUGGAUCACUGGACACAUUCCUUAAGAAAAAUGAUGGUCAGUUCACUGUAAUUCAGCUGGUCGGUAUGCUGCGUGGCAUCGCGUCUGGCAUGAGGUACCUGUCCGACAUGGGCUACGUCCACCGUGAUCUAGCAGCCCGUAACAUCUUGGUUAACAGUAACCUCGUGUGUAAAGUGUCUGAUUUCGGCUUGUCCCGGGUCCUGGAGGAUGACCCAGAGGCUGCGUACACCACACGGGGCGGGAAGAUUCCUAUUCGCUGGACAGCUCCAGAGGCGAUCGCAUACAGGAAGUUCACAUCAGCCAGCGAUGUGUGGAGUUAUGGGAUUGUCAUGUGGGAAGUGAUGUCAUAUGGAGAGAGGCCCUAUUGGGAGAUGUCCAAUCAAGAUGUAAUAAAAGCAAUAGAGGAAAGCUAUAGGUUGCCGGGUCCUAUGGACUGCCCCGAGGCUCUGUACCACCUAAUGAUGGACUGCUGGCAGCGAGAACGCAGCAACCGCCCCAAGUUUGAUGAGAUUGUCUGUCUACUAGACAAACUCAUUCGCAACCCCAGCUCACUAAAAAAACUGGUCAAUUCCUCACACAGGGUUUCCAACUUGUUAGUGGAGCACGCCAGUGUAGAAGGGGACUGUAGCACUCGGAGCCAGACUGUAGGGGAAUGGCUCGAUUCCAUCAAGAUGGGUCGUUACACUGAGCUCUUCAUGGAAGGUGGUUACUCGUCACUGGAAACAGUGGCUCAGAUGACAUCAGAGGAUUUGCGGAGAGUAGGCGUGAAUCUGGCUGGACAUCAGAAAAAAAUCAUCACUAGCAUUCAGGAGAUGAGAGUCCAUAUGAACAACACCAACUCUACUGUAAACAUCUGAUGCAUAUGUACAGGCACGCGCACACACACACACACACACACACACACACAUAGACGUAAACACAAUAUAUGGACCUAGUAUGUGACGAAAAGACUCAGAUUUGCUGUUGGACCUAGAGCGGCUUAGCACUUUCUACGGACAAGGAUACCCAGUGUUUAUGGAUCUAAACUGGAGAUCACAUUUUUGUGGUUUUGUGUGGAGUUUGCUUGUGGUGUCACUGGGGAUAUUUGACAUUGCAGGACUUAAACCAAACUGAACUGAACUGAGUGGUCCUACAUGAGGGGGAGAUGAUGGAAAGAUAAAUGAACUGAACUGCAUUAAGCUCAAGUGAAGACUUUUCAUUCUAAUUAUUCCAUUUGUGUGAAUCUUGGGGAUUCUGUUAUCUUGUGCACUGUUUGGAAUAUCUCAGAUCAGGCAUGAAACGUAAGACUGCAGAUGGCUCUGAAAGCAGUCAGCACUUUUUGUCUGUAUCACAAACAUGGGAGUUUCAUGCAGCGGGCUCAAACUGACAUUUUUCAGCCUGUCUCAGGUGAUCUGAGCCCAGUGGAUCUGAACAACACUGGUUUAUUCUGUGGCAGUUUUCUCUGGAAGUACAGUUCCAUCAGGCAUCAUUGAAUUGGACACCAUUCUCAGGCAGCGUAAACAUGUAAUAAUGGGUCACAAGAGCAAAAUCUUCAUUAGUUUACAUUUUUGCUUUGCCCUGUUGAUGUGCUUUGGUUUUUGUUUUCCUGUCUCAUGUCACAAGACUGCAGCUGUAAUUCUGCUGCGCAAAUCAUGGAAAGUCCACACUCAUAUUCAGUAUCACAUUCUUCAUUACCUUUCAAAGCAACACAAGACAAGAAUGCAUAAUGCAACCUUCAUUGUUUAAAGGGGAAUACAUUUAAAAUUGGGUCUUAUUGAGCCUACAGAGGAAAAGUGUUAAAAGAUACAAGGCUUUAGGCUUUGGAAUACUCUAUAUCUGUUCUUCAUGCUGAAUGUAUAGCACUACACAGAACACAAUGUUCAGUUGCAGCAUCAAACUGUUGUAGUUUGAUAUGUAAAUGCUGUUAAAAAUGGAUAGAAUGUGGCAAUAGAACCAUUCUGGUCCUUAAAACCAGCUUCUAAAUGAAGUUGCAGAUUGUACAAGACAUUCAGCUGGGUUUCUGUCAUCUUUGUUCUGAAAAUCUGUGAGAAUCUCCUCGAAGAUCUUUAUUAGUUCCUACAGAACUCACUCAGAAAAUUCCUUCAUAUACUUGAUUACUUCACUCAUAUUUUAAUGGAACUGUCACUCCAAUUCUGAGGAACCUUCAUGCAUAUUCUAGCAACAUCUAAAAUCAGUCUCACAGCUUCACUGAGAGUCUAACAGAACUGUUUACUGAGAAUCAACUGGAACCUUUCUUCAGUAUUGCAGCUUUCAUGCAGAUUCUGAUAAACCUUUACCGAGGUUCUAACAGCAACACUGGACAUUCAUACGGAACAGUCACACAGAUUGUACUGGAAAUACCACAUCAUGCCCAAAGGCACAUUUAGUAGGAUCCAGUGUAAUAUUCAAUCCAAUGGAAGUUUCAUUCAUGGAAAUUCAUGGAAUGUUCAGUCGAUCGUGAUUGAGUAUUUAUUCAAAUAAUAAUGGAUCUGCUACUCAGACUCUCAUGGAAAAGAUUGCACAGACUCUAGAGGGACUGUUUACUGAUAUUCUAAAGGAACCUUCACUCAGAUUCUAAAGGAACCUCUCUAUCUUCUGGGAUUCCAAUGCAGCCUUCACUCAAGAGUGCACUCAGAUCUUCAUGGAGCCUUCACUUAGAACCAACAACCUUCAGGUACGGCAGAAAACGCUCAGCAAUCUGUUCAGUUCACCGUGCCGCAAAAUCUGUCUGCCCCACACAUCUGCUACACCACAAUAAACCUCACUCUUAACAGGACUGCUGAAAGUAAGGAGGCAAUAUUGAUCAACUUGAUAAUCAUUUAUUUAUUUAUACUUGUUUAAAGAAAUGAGCAAAAAUGAUGUAGACAGUUUGUGUUUCAUCAUAAUACUCUUGUGGACUACUGAGCAGCUCUGCCCACGUCUUUCAUGUAUAUAAUGUAUUAUAUAUUUAAAGCAGGGAGCAUCGUUCUUAUGUCUACCAUCACGUGGACAAGUUGGUAUUGAUUAAGAGUAGUAUACAUUAGUAAAUAGUGACAAAUAUUCAAAAUCAGCAUUCCUGCUACUUUGACACGGGCCAAUGUCAGGUGGGGGCAACCAGCACAUCUGUCUCCAACUAAGAAGGCCGGGUAUGCAGACAGAUCAAUAUUCAUAUUAUGUUGUUGAUGAUUGUGUUUCAUUUCAAGUUCUGAUGCAAGACCUACAGAUAUUUUCAACUGGCUUCUGUAGUUUCUAAAAGCAGGAGAAGUAUGCACAGGGACUGAUAUAAGAACCUCUGGUAUAUGGUAUGGUCUAGUUAUACAAUGAUGUCAAUAAUAAAGCCCUUGUUUUACUUCUCCUUGGUAUAUUAGACAUUACUACUCAGUGCUUUAUUGCUAAAACUUGACCCUGUUCACCAUAGUGUUCAGCUGAAGCAGGAACUGAGUUCUGACAGUAUAUAUUCUCUUUGCAGAUGAUAUGCUAAUAUUUUUCUUGAUUAUACACAGUGUACUGCUAGUGCCGUGGCAUGGAGUGGAAAUGAAAUGAGAUUGUAAAGUUAGUUUUAUAAGAGGUGGUAUCACCUGACUGUAUGAAGAGCAUAGAAAAGCACACAAGAAGAAGAAUGUAAGGUUAAAGGGGUAUUUCACUUUAUUUGGAACAUGUUUGUCUUUUAAAUACUCAGACCUGCACCUAAGUAGAAUCAAGGUAAAAGGCCUCAUUAACUGGUGUUAAAAGUCAUGUGUCAAGGUGUCAAGAUCAAGAUCAUACUUCUUGACUGGUUUCAUAAAAUAAUGUGAAUAAGGAAUGGUCCCAAUUGAUAUUCUACAUAGUUAUGAGUUUUUAAAAGUCAAAAUGUUCUACCAGAGUGAAAGUUCGCUUGAUGUUCAUUUGUUGAAGUGGGGAAUGCAUCAGUAAUAUGGUGCACUUUUUUAUAGUAGACAGUGUAAGGCAUGUACAGUGAAAGUAAUUGGGCUGGGUACUUUCAAAUUAUCACUCAGCCUGCUUUCAAUUAAUGUUUCAGAUGAAUACCACAGGCAUUUGAUGAAAUUUCACAGUGUUUUGAUUCCUUCGAAAUUUCAUGUUAUUGGCUUUUUACAACCACCCUUUGCAGUUUGAUUUUUAACCUAAAACCUAUGCCUGGGGCAUGAACAAUUGGUGAAUAGUACACCCUUAUAAGUGCCUCUCAUCUUUUGAGCACCAUUAUUUCCUCCCCUGCCAAAAUGCUAUGCCCCAGUUGUGCCCCAAAUUUUCUACAGUAUUUACUUUUUGCCAACAAUAUCUACAGGCAAUAAGAAGAAUGUCAGACAAUGUGUAUGUUGGAACUAAUUUAAUUUGCACUUUAUGGGAAAACUGUUGCCCUUUUGUUUAACUAAAAUGUCUAUAGGUGAUUGACUUUUUAGCGUCAAAGGUUUUCUUAAUGAUUUACUAUAUAAUUGCUAUAAUUACUGUGUUCCCUGAUGCUCAUUAUAUCACUACAUAUUCUCAAUGCUUCCCAUGGUGUAAAAUUUGACAGUUAAGCACAAGGCAUUGGUAAUAUUUUUAAAAACAAAUCAAAGCUAUAUAUAUGGAAAGCUAAAGCAUCACUGAUGUAGAGCACCAUUUCCUCAUGUACGGCACAACUAUACACCUUCAGAACGUAAGCACAGGGUUUUACGGAAAUCUUUUAAGACAGUAAGCAGAAGAUAUGAUUUUGUACAAGAGGUCAAUAAUACUAGCCCUAGAUGUCAACAAACUUCAGUCGGACAUUUUGUUGUGACAGCAUUUGUGGCAUUUCAGCAUUACUACCGAUUAGUACAAACAUUUGAAAACGGGUAUUGAUUUGUUGCCAAUAAACAAUAAAUACACAGUUGAUAGGUGUUUCCGCACAAAAUAUCUUCAUCAAUUCAAAUAAUUUGUUCUCAGCACUUUUGCAAUAGUAUUAUUUUAUCCUGGCCACAUCUUACAAAGCAAUUCUCAUUUAGCAGGAAGAAGCAAAGCACAGCAAACCAGCAAAGACGCAAAGAUUAAUUAAUGUGUUGUUACUCUACAAUGUCAGUUGGAACUCCAUCAACCAUGUAGUGAAGAGUGUAUGCAGGGACCAAUUUGUAAUGUCAAAUUAAAUCUUAGAACACAUUCAGUGUUCUUUAAAAUGGACUUUCAGAAACAGGUAUGAUUUAUUUAUAUACAGUAUACUACACACCAAUAUACACAGAAACUUGCAUUUGUACACACUGGUUUGUUGGAAUUGGCUCCAUCAUAAAAGUACUGCAUAAACCAUUGGUUUUAAGGAAUUCUAGCAAAUGUACAAAAGCAAUACCUGACACCUGAUAUUAUUAGCAAAAACAUCUUAUUUGCAUACACAAAUGCAUGGCGAUAUAACAACCAUAUAAGGUUGCACUGACAUCUAAAUGGUUUUAAGACACUUAAACAUGAUGGAAAAAACAUGUUUUGGUAUCUUUAAAAACCAAAGAAAUAAAGCAGAGAAGUGGGCGGGGUUAUAUCUAGGGCCAGGGCUCUGGUAGCAACAGUUCUAAUGUUUUCCUUGGUCAGAGAUACUUUUUUGGACUAGCAUUUCAAAUACUUUUUUUUUUAAAGCUGAGUUGAGUUGAUUUGAGUUGAGCUGCAACAAAGAGCAACUGUGCAGAUGAAGUCAAUGUUACAAGACUGUAUACAUCAAGAGUCUUGUUCCUGGUUGCCAGGAAGUUUGGAAUAAGCUUGAACUGAUUUCACAUUUCUAGCUGACAUCUUUGUCACAGCAACAGCCAGUGAGGCAUGUGGAUAUUAUAGUAUUGUGUUCCAUCUGACAAACCACAUUGAGGGAAUAAACUACUACUGUAGAGCUAUUGUGAGUUGAAAUUUAUAACCAAUAUAAUAGUAUCAGACAACAUCAUACCCAAGGUUUUAUGUUCAUGUAACAUUUAAGAUUUUUGUUUAAAGUAAACCUUCAAAUGCAAAUUUGCAGUGGGAAAAAUGCUUCUUAACAAUGGCCCCGCCCACUUUGCAACUGUAUACUUCUCAGGAAGUGGAAAAUAGGUACAUAGGUAUAUUUAUAGGGACAUGACACAUACGGUCUUAGGAAAAAAUGGUUUUCACUCCAAGUGUCAACAUACAAAAGCAGGUAUGCAGUUAUUAGAUGUUCCCCAGGUCAAAGACAAUUAUGUGACAUGUUAUUGGUAACUCACACAUAAGGUUUUAAACAAUUGAAUUGAACAAUGAACUGUUUUGUGAUUCAUUGAAAGCACAGUAAGAAUACUUAGCUAUUGAUGUGCUAUUGGUUUGUCUUUAAGACUGUCAUGUAUUAUGUUUGUGUUGAUGUUUUUGUAGUGUGUUAUCAAAUUCUCUAUUUUUGCAAUAAAACUUUUUAAAAAUCAA